AGUGGCCUGCAGAGGGCAGCAGCUCCAUGUGACAGCUGAGCUAUGGCUCUGAGAUACCCCUGAGCAAUGGGGUUCAGGGGUCUGUGCAGGUCCCUGCUCUGCAGGAGGGGGGCGCUGCCUGGGGUAUGGCAGAGAGGGGCAGCAGGAGGCACGGAGGGGCCCCUGGAGGUCUCCAAGUUGCUGGAAGGGCCCCAGGACGUCUCCAAGAUUUUAGAGGAGGCAGAAUCAGAACCCAAUUCCGCCAGGAGAAGCCCCUCAAACAGCACCGUGAUUCUGUUCCCAGGUCAGGGCAGCCAGCAGGUCGGCAUGGCAAGGGGGCUCCUGAAAUACCCCAACGUCAGGACGAUGUUCAGCGCUGCUCACAAAGUUCUGGGGUAUGACCUGCUGGAGCUGUGCCUGCGCGGCCCCGAGGAGGUCCUCAGUAAAACUGUCCACUGUCAGCCGGCCGUGUUCGUGACUUCCCUGGCGGCUACAGAGAAGCUGAGCCAUGACGACCCUGCGGCUAUCGAUAACUGUGUCGCGGUUGCCGGGUUCAGCGUCGGGGAGUUCGCGGCUCUUGUCUUCUCCGGGGCGUUAGACUUUACAGAAGCUCUGUGUGCAGUGAAAGUCCGCGCUGAGGCCAUGCAGCGAGCGUCUGACGCCGUCCCCAGCGGAAUGCUGUCGGUCAUCGGACGGCCGCAGGCAAACUAUAAUUCUGCCUGCGCGGAAGCCCGGGAGCACUGCAAGUCCUUGGGCCUGGAAAAUGCUGUCUGCGACGUGGCAAACUAUCUGUUCCCGGACGGCAGAGUCAUUGCCGGACAUGUAGAGGCCUUGCAGUUUCUACAGAAGAAUUCUCGUAAAUACCAUUUUCUGCGCACGAAAAUGUUGCCGGUGAGCGGCGCGUUUCACACCCGCUUAAUGGAGCCGGCCGUGGAGCCUCUGCGGAAGACCCUGAAGGCUCUGGACUUCAAGCGGCCGUACGUCCCCGUGUACAGCAACGUCGACGGCAAGCGGUAUAAGCACGCGUCCGCCAUCCACCACCUACUGCUCAAACAGCUGGUGUCGCCGGUGAAGUGGGAGCAAACGAUGCACGCCAUCUACGAGCGCAGAAAGGGGAACGACUUCCCGCGGACGUACGAGCUGGGAGCCGGCAGACAGUUGGGCUCCAUCCUGAAGGGCUGCAACUUAAAGGCCUGGAGGUUCUACCGAAACAUCGACGGUCUCACGGAAGACGAGUCCCUGGAAACUGAACUGUAGUUUUUUGGGGGUGUUUUUGGCCGUUCUGCGCAGCUUGCCCCCCCCCCCCUUAGGCUGUCCUGGAAUCGCUUUAUGUAAAGAUUUUGUUUUUCUAAUUAUGUAUAGCGUUUCUAAAACCGUACAAUAUAAAUAUUCCUAUA